AUGAUUGAUGUAUUUUAUUCAUUGGUCGGUGUGCAUCAGCGAUUUGAUCGUUUAGCACUCGAUUCUCUCUACAUUCAUCAUCUCGAUUUUGUGAUGAAACCAUUGUUUGAUCGUAACUCGCCGGUAGAUAAUCAACUUCUUGAUAGAAUUUAUACCAAAAUUUUACCUCGAAUUCAUCAUAAAGUCAAUAAACUCACUCUGGAACCACUUUCUAUAGAAUGUGUUCUUAAUACUGUUCAUUAUCCUCAACUUCAUUCCAUAUCAUUUGUCAAUUUUCAUUACGAAACACUUUUACGACAUUUACAAGGUGAUACUAUAGUUCGUCUUCUUACUGACCAAAUAACACAUCUUGAUAUUUAUAUUUGUGAAAAGACAACAGAAAUGUCUGAGAAAAAUGAAUUAAGCAUAUUAGUAUUCAUACUAUCUAUGGGUAAACACCUAAAUGAUUUGAUCUAUAAUCAAUGGUUAUCAGAGUCAGCUAUAAGGAUUUUGCCCCUUAAUCUACUAUCAAAAAGUUUAAAAUCGUCAUCUUUAACUAAAUUAAGAAUUGAGGUAAAUGCUUUUGAUGAAUGUCUUUAUCUUCUUGAUGGACGUCUUGAAUGUUUGUCUACAUUGAUUAUAUAUAUAUGUGAAAUUACCAAUUCUUCAUCAAAUACAAAUAAUACAAAAACACUUCCAAAAUUGAAAUGUUUCUCACUGGCAUCGAAUUGGUAUACAUAUUGUUAUGACAAUGAGAUUGUUUCAUUACUUCGUCGAAUGUUAAAUCUUGAAGAAUUAACAUUAUUUCUUUCGGUAAUAAGAACUGAGUCAACUUAUAUUAAUGGAAAACAAUUAAACGAUGAAGUUCUUAUUCAUAUACCCCGAUUAAAUAAAUUUACUUUCAAUAUACAUACUCAUGUUAUCAACAAUAACAUUAAAAUUGAUCUUCCAUCGAAUGAUGACAUUCGAAAUAGUUUCAUCAAAAUAGGUUAUCAACAAGUUGAUUCAUUUGCUGAUGAUAAACUCGUGAAUAAUAGAGGCAACUGUCAUGUCUAUUCAUUACCAUACCAAUUCAGAAAUUUUAUGUUUAUGAACAGCGCUUUUCAAGGUGGUGGAUUCGAUAAAGUUCGAUGUUUGAUAAUGUUUGAUAGACGUCCAUUUGAAUAUGAAUUAUUUAAAAUCAUCUCUCGAGAUUUUCCUUUUCUUGAAAACUUAACAUUGCGUAACAGUGAACCACAACAAAAUAAACAACAACAAUCGUCUAUAUUUAUUACAUUUGUUCAUCUGGUCGAACUCGAUCUUCAUUCGAUACAUAUUGAUUAUGUCGUACAAUUUCUCUCUGAUAGAAAUAUUCUUCUACCUCGUUUAAAGAAUCUCUACAUUGAUUAUGAACCAUUAAUAACGGUGACCAACCAUUUUACCAAUGAUGCAACACGUCCCAAUUGUGCUAAAAUAGAACAACUUUUUAUUAAGGAGCCAUUUGUUCGGCCGGAAAAUUUUCAAUCGUAUUUUCCUUUGUUAUAA